AUGGCGGGCGUUGAUAGACUACCCGAUGACAUACUUGACAAUAUACUUGCUCGACUUCCCACCAAGCCAUUGAUACGGUGUAGAUGUGUAUCAAAACAUUGGAACCAUUUGAUUAGAGAUCCUAACUUUAUCAAGUCAAUUAGAGCACGUCGAAUGAUCAUCUUAGUCACAUCCAAUAAACAUCUUAAUCUUGUAGAUGCCAAUGUAUAUCCUGAGGUCAGAGUUGUUGGAACAAUAAAUGGCAUAGUGGUUUUGCAAUAUUAUGGUGGCGUACGAGCAACUCUUCCUCAUACUUGUGCUGGUGAUUUGAUGCUUUUCAAUCCCUUUACCCGUAAGUACUUAAAACUUCCCCGUAGUGAGGGGCAAUAUUGUAUACAACCUCCCUUUAGUUUCCGGGGUGGCUUUCCCCACAACAUAACCAGUGCAUAUGGAUUUGGCUACGGUAGUAGUGCAAAUGACUUGAAAAUAGUCAGGUUUAAAGAGUACAACCUGGAUUGUCAUAACAAUGGUUGUGGCGGUGAUGUUUGUGAGAUCUUUAGUCUCGAAGAGUUUAUGUGGAGCAAGCCACGAGACAUGAAUAUCAAACAUAUUCGGUUUGAGGAAACUGUGGGUACGUUUGUAAAUGGAUUUUUGUAUUGGAUUCAGAGUGGAAACAAACUGGUUGCCCUAGACGUUGCAAAGAUAGUAGUUUCGGAAAUACAUUUACCUUCCCAAACAUCAUAUGAUGAAAGCCAGAGCCGGCUCCUACUUGAAGCACAUUCCGGCCCUGAUGAAAGUAGACGUCGAUUAGGUACCAUACAUGGACGCCUUUGCUUGCUGACAAGGACCAAUUAUGACGAUGCCGAUGUUAAGUUUUGGGUGAUGAACGAAAACCACUCGUGGUGUUCAGUUACGUUAGCGUGUACAUUAGUUUUACAGGAUGUUGGUUGGGCAUACCAUCAGCACCAUAUGAUUUGCAUAUUGGAUAACGGAAGGAUUCUCAAGAGGCAACAAGAAUAA